AUGAAGAUCGCUUCCAGCCUCGCCUCCCUUCUGGCUCUCGCCUCCUUGGCGUCUGCCACCACCGCCGCCGGAAAAGAUCCCAUCCCCGGCCCCGCUCAGAAGGUCAAGCACCCCAAGAUCGCCAAGACUACGCCUGGAGCGUCGUACAUCAAGGGUCGCUACUUUGUUGAGCUCGCCGAAGGCGCCACCCUCGACCCCGUCGCCACUCUCUCUGCUUCCUUGAACAAGGCCAGCCCCGGAAAGUACACGGGAAAGCACAUUCGUGAACACACCAAGAUCCAGAGCAAUCUUUUCAGUGGUGUUUCCGUUCAACUCGAGAAGGAAACCGACCUGGAGGACUUGUUGAAGGUGAAGGGAGUUCGUAAGGUGUACCCUGUCAAGAUCAACAAGCGUCCGACGCUCGUAAAGACGAGCAAGCUCGCCGGUGGCGUUCCCCAAGAUGUAACGAGCCACAGCCAGACGGGUGUUGACAAAAUCCAUGCUUCUGGUCACUACGGCAAGGGAGUCAAAGUCGCUGUCAUUGAUACCGGCGUGUACUGGAAGCAUCCUGCGCUUGGUGGCUGUUUCGGCAAGGGCUGCAAAAUCAGCUUUGGACGUGACCUCGUGGGUGAUGCGUACGAUGCGGAUACGAACCCUACCGUCGUGCCCGACGAUGACCCGAUGGACAACUGUUCCGACUCGAGUCACGGUACUCACACCACCGGCAUCAUUGCAGCGAAUGCCACCGGCAUCAGCAAGGACGGAUUCAAGCCUUUCCUCCCCUUCCUCGGCGUCGCGCCCCGUGCCACCAUCGGGCACUACAGAAUUUUCGGAUGCAACGGAAACAAUGGUGACGAUAUCAUGGCCCAGGCCAUCUUCCGUGCCUUCGAGGAUGGAGCCCAAGUCAUCUCCAUCUCCGUCGGUGAAGCCGGUGUUGUCCGCGACGAAUCCCUGUCUCCCCGUGCCAUCGAGCUGGUCUCUCGCGCUGGAGUACACGUUGUCGUCUCGGCCGGUAAUGACGGAGCAGGCGGUAUUGGAACCAUCGGUGACCCAGCCUUCGCCCAGUCCGCCUACGCCGUUGCAUCUGUCGACAACAAUCGUGUCGUGUCUAGCACCUUCUUCGGCCCCAAGGGCGAGGCUUAUGGCUAUGCUGCUGCCAGCAACGGCGCCUGGAAGGGUUCCAACAACACGGCCCAGAUCCUCAUCGCUGACCCUACCGACGGUUGCGCUGCCAAGACGUACCCCGUCACUGGCAAAGUGCUGCUUGUUCGGUACAACGCUCAAUGCAAGUCCGGCGCCAUUUGCGGCAGCGCUGCCAAGCAAGGUGCUGUCGGGUGCCUCAUCUACAAUGUCGGCGCAAUCGGAGGCAGUCCUCUGAUUCCCUCCGCUUCCCUCGAUGACUUGGCUUCUGCUGACCUUUUGGCAACUUUGAAGGCCACCCCCAAUGCCGUUUUCACUUUCACCGACAAGAAGGCGCUUGUGAACAGCCCCACCGGGAACACGGCUUCCGCUUUCACCUCCUACGGCACGGAUGCUGAGCUUCACUUCAAGCCUGACAUUGCCGGAAUCGGUGGAAAUGUGUACAGCACAAUUUCCCCUUUCUCCGCUGCCGGUGCUGGUUUGACCGACGCCUACACCUACGAGUCCGGAACUUCCAUGGCUGCCCCGACUUUCGCUGGAACUCUUGCUCUCCUCAUUGAAGCUCGCGGUGAGCUCACUGUUGAGAAAGGCAAAGCGCUGAUGCAAAACAACGCCCAAAAACUCAAGAUUUACAACACCACCUUGAACGAGAAUCCCAUUCGCCUGGGCGCCGGCCUCGUGAACGUCUCUCAAGCUAUCGCUGCCAAGUCGAUGAUCACCCCUUCUGCUCUUGGCUUGAACGACACCGUCCGUACGCAAAAGUCGUACACUCUCAAGCUUAAGAACUUGGGUAAGAACACUGUCACCUACAAAUUGGAGCACGUCGGUGCCGCUUUGGCCAACUCUGCUGAGGUUGGAAACGACAUGCCCAUCCCGGUGAUCAACUACACCCCCGAUUACGCUACCGCCGAAAUCACCCCUUCCAAGAUCACCCUCACCGGUGGCAAGGCGGUUGAAUUCAAGGUCAAGUUCACUCCCCCCAAGAACGCCAACAAGAAGCUCCUGCCCUUCUACGGAGGUUACAUCAAGGCUACUCCCUCUGACGGCUCUCCGUCUCUGACCGUCCCAUACGCUGGUUUCGUUGGAGACUUCUCCAAGACCAAGAUGAUCGUCGAGAAGAACCCCGUUAGCGGGCUCGUCACCGGUGUCUACUCUGAGGACAGCCCUAUCACGGAGGGUGCCACUCUCAACGCCACGGCCGGUAUUGACGUCAAGCUCGUCUUGGGUCAAGGCACUCGUGUCGUCUACGCGGAGGUGAUCAAAGCGGACAGCCUCCCCGGUGUGAACCCUUCCCUCGGAGUUCUCGUCCCGACCGUGCCGGCCGAUGCCGCCAACACGCCAUACUCCAUCAGGGUUGCGGCAUACAAGUUCAACCAACCCCGUAACGUCCAGAUCGAGGGUCAGGGAAACCACGUUUCCUACCCCAUUCCCUGGAACGGCCGUGUCACUCCCGCUCCCGCAUUGGGCGCUACCGACACCCCUCGCCAGCACGGCAACAACAGCAUCGAAUACCCCUUGCCCGACGGCAAAUACCAAAUCCGCUUCUCCGCCCUCAAGCACUUCGGAGACGCCCGCAAGGCCUCUGACUACGAGGUUGUAACCUCCCCUAGCUUUGAACUUGUUCACUAA